CAGAACAGCAACAGACGCAGACGUGGCAAGACAGCUCUCCUCAGUUAACAAAAGUGAUAGGGAGGCGAUGGCGACGAUCCUUGUGGCAGUGUUGACUGUCAUUCUGGCCUCGACGCUCGGCCAGACAUGUUGGUGGUGAUAAGGCGACACUGAUAAGCAGAUACGGCCGCUCCACCGACAAUGCCUCGCUGAUACUCCGUCAAGAAAGAACCAGAGACAGGACAGUCACAGCAGCGGUAGAGUGACUGACAGUCACCACCAGUCCGUACCCCCAAUCAUGGGCAUCACGCAGAGUCUUCUCAUGCUGCUGCUGUUCACCAGCGUCAAUGCCGCCGUGGGUCCAGCUGCUGUGGCCCACAGGGCCCCUAGUGCCAGUCUUUCCGACGCCCAGGAAACUCUCCUUAAUGACGCCAUGAGGAUCAUGAAACCCGAAAUGGAAGCCGCUCAAGAAAACAGUGACUUGUCCCUGGGUGUGGUACAGGAGACUGCCCACAAAGUGCUGCCGCCUCCUCUCUGGAAGAUCUUUUUCGAAGAGCUACCUGAGUUAAUGUCUAAGUCAAAUUAUAAACCUGAAGCUCAAGCAGAGUUUGAAAGUCUACCUAACUUUAACUGGCUGGAAAAGCUCACCUUAUACUAUCUGCCCAACACUACGAACGUAUCGCCCGAGUGUAGGAGAGACGUAAACGCCAUCAGCGCGGCAAUCGCUAAAGAGGAUAGCUGGGCGCAAAAAAUGGUGGACUCAUGGGGCAAGUUCUCGGACGGACUGCUGGCCGGGAACACAAUGCAGAUGGGUCUGCUAGACGAGUGCCUCUUAAUCUCCGUGGACUCUCAAGAUCCAGAUGCACACUUCAGAGGACAAUACUGCGCUGUCUCCAUUGGCAUGAAACCUAAAUCCAGGCAAGCACUGGAGGAAGGCUAUGACGAAGAGGAGGAAGAGGAAGAAGAGGGAGUAGAAGUGAUGAUUCCCGAACUACACAUUGCUAAUAUGAAAGGCGUACUGAAAAUGGCAUUACCUUACAACAUCAUGGCCACGUGCAUCCCUUCUACUUGCACCAAGGAGGAGUACAGGACAAGUUUGGUGGAUCAAUUGAACAACUCAGGGCUGACGUUAUCAACACUAGAGUGCCAGACGAAGGACCUGCCAACACUGCGGUACAAUGCUGCCGAUAUCAUCAUGAUCAUCACGCUUGUAGUCUUGGGCAUCCUGGUGCUGGUAGGGACUGUGGCAGACGUAUGGAUACAGAACUCAGAGAACCGAGAGGCUGCCCAAGGUCCUUUGCGUUACUUUAUCGUAUUCUCCUUUUACACCAACCUGUCAAAGAUCUUCAGAAUCAACGUGAAGGAGAAUGAGGAGGUCAUCUCUUGUCUCCACGGCAUAAGAGCACUAAGCAUGUGCUGGGUGGUGUUCGCCCACUCAUUCCUGCUAUCCAUCACGGCCAGUGCCAACAAAAGCCUCGUCACCCAGAUGGUGGCGGAGCAUCCCUACUUCUAUCAGAUCAUCCUGAACGGCUACCCCUCCGUCGACACCUUCUUCGUCAUGAGCGGCCUUCUUGUCUCCUAUAAUGUGAUGAAGGAGUACCAGCGAACGUCCAGAUUUAAUGCCCCUCUUUACUACAUUCACAGGUUCAUCAGACUCGCCCCGCCCAUCAUGCUGCUGUGUGGCUUCUUUGCUGUGUUCCCGCCUCUGUUCGUACAAGGCUCAGUGUCACCAAUAAUGACAACGAAGGGCAACAUGGUGGACAACUGUAUUAAGUACUGGUGGCGAGACAGUUUCUUCCUCAGCAAUGUAUUUAUCGGUCAGAAGGAUGGACAGACAUGCUUGCCGGUCUGCUGGUACACGGCGGUGGACUUCCAACUUUACAUCAUAACGCCGCUCAUGCUUCUGCCCAUAGUGUGCUUCCGUAGACCAAGAGCGAUAGUGUUUGUGUCCUGGCUGCUGAUAUCUGUCAUCGUUCCUAUGAGCAUCAUCGCAGGGUACCAGCUUCCUCCCACCAACGUGAUGGACACAACUCUACAGGCUCUGGGGGACUCGAUGAAGUACGUGUACACAAAGCCGUGGUGCCGCGCGUCGCCCUACCUAGCUGGCAUUGGUCUGGGUUACUUCCUGAGGGUGGUGGACAAGGAGAAAGUGCAGCUCAAAUGGUGGCAGGCGGUGCUAGGAUGGAUCGCUGCGCUGGCCACCAUGAGCGCCGUAGUGUUCGGCCUCAAGGACUACAACACCCUGACAAUGAAACCCCACGAGUAUGUGCCCGCGAUAAGCAUUCUGUACGGCGGCCUGCACCGCCUCGCGUGGGGCGUGGCGGUGGCCUGGAUGAUCUACGCCUGCCAUAUGGGAUAUGGAGGUCCCAUCAACAGUCUGCUGGGUCACCCCAUCUGGCAGCCACUCAGCCGGCUCACCUACCCCAUCUUCCUCAUCGCCCUCAAUGUACAGACCAUCUACUACAGCUAUUACUCCCGCCUGCCCAUCUACUUUACACCAUUCUAUAAGCUAAUGGAGACCGCGGGGAUCCUGCUCAUCUCGUCGUUCGGUGGAGUGCUGCUCUCCCUCCUGGCCGAGUCUCCCGUGCUGGGCCUUGAAAAACUCCUACUCAGAAAACCUACCACUUCUACUACUACUACGACGACUAUUAUUAAGUUUACUUGAUUUCUGCCUCGCCUUGUUUUCCCUCCCACUUCUCAUUUCCUUCUGUCCCUCUUAAACAUCCUUAAAUAGUACAUGUUGUUCGAUUUAGGUUGCCAAAUCAAUCAGUCAAUCAGUACAGUGCUUUUCUAUAUAGAUCUGUUAUGUUACUUUAUGAAAUAUAUAUGAGCGAAUGAUUAUAGGAUAGAAAGUAACAUGAAAAAAGUAACAGAUAAAUAACACAAAAAAAAGAAACAGAAGAAAGUAAAAGGAAAUAGAACACCGCAAAAAUACUUAACCUUUUUGUUGCCAUUUAGGAUCUAACAUAACCUAACUACUGCUAUUUUUUUUUUCCUAAAUACGAUUGCAACUGUUACUUUUCCAUAAUACCCUUUACCUUACAAGAAUGCUUUUUUUCGUUACUUUUCUCCUGGUACUUUCUUUCCGAGCACCAUAGUGAAUCGAUUAUGUGUUAAAGUUGUUCAUGUCAUUAUCAAUAAGCAGACAGGUGAGGGAUAUUGUCAGGCAUCAGUUGCCACCAGCGUCCUGAUCUAUCUUGCAGGUCUACGAGACACCUUGCCAUGAGGAUAUACAGGUUGAUGUAAAGAUAGUGUCUCAAACAAUGCAAUAAUGGUCUCAUGUGUAAUAUUCAUGUUUAUUGUUAUUUAGUCAAUGAUAAAAUAAUGUAUAAAUAUAUCAAAACCUUAUCGCAGUA